AUGGCCAAACCCAUAUUCUGUGCCACGCACCCCAGAGCCUGUAGCACGGCUUUUGAGCGGGUGUUUAUGACCAGGGAAGAUUUGACCUCCGUGCACGAACCGUUUGGUGACGCAUUUUACUAUGGUCCAGAGCGCAUGAGCGUGCGCUACGAAAAUGACGAAGAGACGAGAACGGCGUCAGGGUACGGCGAUUCGACCUAUAAAAUGAUCUUCGAUACAUUGAAAGACGAAGAAGCUAAGGGCAAACGCGUCUUUAUCAAAGAUAUCCUCCAUUAUCUAGUGCCUCCGAAUCAGCAAGCACCCAAAUUGGCGCCCUCCCUGUACCCUCACAGGCGUGGCAUUGGCACCGAAGCAACCUCGAACGGAGCGAACGGGAACUAUCAUGGCAAUGGCACAAACGGUGUCAAUGGUGACCAUGUCAAUGGCACAAAUGGCAUCAACGGAAACCAUGACACCAAUGGCACCAACGGCGUGAAUGGCACUGGACAAAAGGCUCCCUUCCCCUUCCCUACCGAGGGCGAACCUGGAAACCCGACAAUCGUCCCUCGGGCCCUGCUGGAGAAAUUCCACUUCACCUUCCUCAUCCGUGAUCCUCACUCGAGUAUCCCAUCUUACUAUCGAUGUACUAUACCUCCACUUGAAGAAAUGACCGGGUUCCACGAAUUCUACCCAGAUGAGGCUGGCUACGAUGAACUCCGACGCUUUUUUGAUUACGCACGAGAGACCGGGUUGGUCCGGGACAGAGACGCAGCUCUGAAGAAUGGAUCACGAAACGGAGAAAUGCAGAACGGCCCUGCAGAUAUUCCUGAGGUCUGCUUGAUCGACGCCGAUGAUUUGCUGGACGACCCGGAGGGUAUCCUCCGAGCUUACUGCGCCAGUGUGGGCCUUGAUUUCAAACCUGACAUGCUGAACUGGGACGACGAAGAGCUUCAGUCGCGUGCCAAAGUCGUGUUCGAGAAGUGGAAGGGCUUCCACGAGGAUGCCAUCAACUCUACUGACCUCAAGCCAAGAACACAUAAGAAGGCAGCAAAAUCCGAGGAACAGUGGGACGCUGAGUGGAAGGAGAAAUAUGGGGAAAAGGCAGCAAAGGUGAUCCGGAAGACUGUCGACCAGAAUAUGGCGGACUUCCUGUACCUGAAGCAGUUUGCCCUUAAGCCAGAGGCUUGA